UAUCCUGUCGGAGUCGUGGUGAGCUGGUCUGUUGGUGGCGCGUGACGAAUCACUUUGCUUAGCUUUGCUUCCCACUGACGAAGAGUUCCAUGGCCAGCACGUCGCCGUGUUGACAUUUUGACCGCACAGCUUCGGCCGCCACUGAUUUGCUUUAUUCGUCGUUACGCUCCAGGGGUCGUAUCUUUGUUUUUAUCCAGCAGCACAAUGAGUGGAUUCGGAGGAGCACGCACGAUAUCGAGAAACAGUCGACUGUUCAAGGCAGCAGCAGCAACAGUUCGGAGGAAGCAACAACUUCGAGCACACUCCGCCGUGGCUUAUGCGACUGUCUCCCCAGCUCCGACGACCGGACACGAAGACGAACUGCAGCUGAACCAUGAUAACGUAGUAGAUGCAGCUAUAGGUGGCAAGCGGCAGCUAGCGAGGGAAAGGCUACAGGCUAUUGAGAAAGUCCGCCCUAUGCCGUCAAGUCUCAUGGACACCUUUGGCCGGCACCACUCCUAUUUACGAAUAAGCCUGACAGAAAAGUGCAACUUGCGAUGUACCUAUUGUAUGCCCGCGGAAGGUCUGCCUCUUACGCCUAAGAACCAUAUGCUGACAACGCCGGAGAUUUUGCGGCUGGCCCGUAUGUUCGUCGAAGAAGGCGUCACGAAGAUACGUUUGACGGGGGGUGAGCCGACUGUGAGGAGAGACCUCAUGGAUGUAAUCUCCGGUCUGAAUGAGCUGCGUCCAUUGGGACUGAAGGCAAUCGGAAUUACAACGAAUGCCAUCGCCCUGAAACGGAAACUGCCGAUGCUGAAGGCUAACGGAUUGGAUCAGCUCAACAUCAGCUUAGAUACCCUUGACGCGCAUAAGUUCGUCUUGAUGACCAGAAGACCAGGUUUCCAGAAUGUCAUCGACUCGAUAAAGGAGGCCGUCGCCCUCGGCUUCGAACCAGUGAAACUCAACGCGGUGGUCAUAAAAAACGUGAACGAUGACGAAGUUGUAAAGUUCAUCGCGAUGACAAAAGACCUCCCGAUCUACGUACGCUUCAUCGAGUAUAUGCCCUUCGGCGGCAACCGAUGGAACGAAGAAAAGUUCGUAUCCUACAAAUCGAUGCUAGAGAUGAUCAAAGCCGAGUACCCCACCGUAGACAAACUGGACGACGCGCCAAACGACACCUCCAAAGCAUACGCCGUACCUGGCUUUGCAGGCAAAUUUGGGUUCAUCACAUCCAUGAGCGAGCACUUCUGCGGGACUUGCAACAGGCUGCGAUUGCUGGCCGAUGGGAACUUGAAGGUGUGCCUGUUUGGAAACUCGGAAGUCAACUUGCGGGACGCUUUGAGGAGUGGGGUUGAUGACUCGCUGUUGCUGGAGACGGUCAGCGCGGCUGUGAAGAGGAAAAAGGCGCGGCAUGCGGGGAUGUUUGAGUUGAAGAAUAUGCCGAAUCGGCCGAUGACGAUGAUUGGUGGCUAGAUUCGGAUGUGGUUGGGGUCCCGAGUGAAGGAUCCUGGAAGCCGCCGCUAGUCGAACUAUACUAGGUUCCGCAUAUCGGCACACAACUGCGCUUUCCACCAUCACCGGUGCUCAAUCGCCGUGGCGAAAGUAGCUCGCCGAACCGAGAUGAGAUGGCGAGUCGCGUACUGGAUGGAGGGAUGGGAGCAGCAAAUGGAAUCUU